UGAGGAGCGCAAAAAAAAAACAGGGCAGUGAAGGGAAAGUCAGGGAUGGAGCAGUGAGAAGUACUGGAGGAUGGAAAAGAGAACCCCGGGUAAAAAAAGCCACCCACUUCAGAGACUUUUAUCGUCUCUCUCAUGGCUUCUGGAGAUGAUUUGCCGACAGCCAUCUACAUUCGUGCACACGAAGCCUCGUGGAGAGCAGCAUGAUGUGGGAGCAUGUGCUCUCAUGGCAUUGCUGUGCUGGGCUGAGUGCUGGCGUGCACUGUGCUGGAGCAGCUGUACGUACAGGCUGGGCCAGGCUUUGCACACUGGUGUAGCUGUAGAUAUCCCUGUUCCUUGUGGGGGAGGUGGACGAGGUGACCCUUAAAAGGCCCGUUCCACUCAAACGACUCUAUGAUUCUAUAACCCUUCAGAUGGAGAAAGCAGUGGGAUGCAGGGGCAGCAGCCGGCACACUUCUCAGGGCCACUGCAAGUUUGCUGAGUGGUGUGAUAUUGCACGAAGGAAUUGCUUUGUCUUCAGCCUUUUGGUUAUUUCGCUCUUAAAAAUGCUUUUUUUGAAAGGCUCCUCGCCACAGAAAGCCCCUAAGUCCUAGCUCUGCAGCAGAGUUGGUCCUUGCUCCCUGGGCUACAAGUUAAUCUGCGAUCUUAAUCAGCUGCAGACUGACUGCAGAGCUUCCUUUCAGCCCACCUUAACUGUUUUUCUUUGGUUUGUCUUAAAACAGCAGCAGUCAGUCAUGCCACUCAUCCCUUCGCACACAGAGGGUUUGUAACACUUGAAUCCUGUGUCACAGCAUGCUAAACAUGACAGAUAGGAUUUUUUUUGCUGUAGCAUCUUUUCCCAAUGCUAGUGCCAACUGCAUUUGCCAGCACCAGUGUCACACCCGUGUUCUGUGUCCUACUGCUUCAGGCUUGACCCAGCUGGCCUCUUGCUCCACUUUUGAGUUUACAAGAUAUCGCUGUCAUGUUCAUUAUCUUCUAUUAAAACUCCAGCUUCAUAGUCGAUAGGGACCUCUUACCCUGGGUGGAUCAAUGUGUUCUUCAUGAGUGCCUUCAUGUGUUUCACAAUCAUGUUUUAAAAGGGAAUUUCUCAGGUGCUAUGAUAACGCAUGCACUAUCUUCUGUCUUACCCCUCCAAGCUUAUUCUUGCACAGAUCACUAAAAAUAUUGUUAGGCUUCUUGUGAGUGAGACCCCCUACCUCUUGGCAGAGCACUACCAUCAGCAUUUUUAGCCUUUGUCAGUCAGGAAACUUUUUGGAGCUGGGGUUUCUGGUGUUUGCACAGCCCCCGAGGUGCUGGAGAUUGAGCCUGUGACAUUAAACUCUAGUGCUGUUGUCAAAUAAGUGGUAAAUCGCAAUAACUUGCUUUUAAAAGAAUAACUAUUGAACUGUCGAAUGUUAACAGUAUAGACGUUGCCCUUUUUUAUAGUUAACUUUCCUGAUUAAUGCUAUUAAUAUAGAUGUUAUUUUUCGUAACUGUGUCUUAGAGAGAUGGAGAGCAUAGUACAGAUUUUGCUAAUAGUAUUUUGCAAUUGUUAUACAAAGUAAAUACUUACUUUAAUGUUUGAAUCUUGAUUGCAUUUUUUUUUAUAUAUAGUUCCUGCAUUUACUGCAACACUGAAGGCAUGCACAUACCUGCUUGCCACUGCUGCUACCAUGCUAUCAAGGCAGUAAAUCAUUUUCCUUUGUCUUGGAAUUCUCACGUAACAAAGUUUUUAUGCAGAUUUAACAUUGCCACGAUUCAAAGCAUCCUAGUUUUGAGGUGAUUGCUGGGAGUGCUAUAGACCUACUAAUACUUUUGUCCUGGAACAUGCUUGUUAGCUAUCUUGUAUCAGUGUCCAUUUUUAGCAGAAUACUUUAAACAGAACUUUCAAACUCAGGAGAAUCAUUAUAAUAGUCCAGACUCAUCUCUUGAUACUACCCUUAUUUCAUGCUGAGAAACAUGCUGGUGUGUCUUGUGUGACAGCAUCUAUGGAUGACAUACAGUUUGAAGAGGCUGCCAGAGUUGGACAAGUUAUUACCAUCAAAGCAAAGGUGAACAGAGCAUUCAAAACCAGCAUGGAGGUUGGCAUCAACGUUACAGUGCAGGAUGUUUUGACUAAUGUUGAAAAAAUUGUGAGUGUGGCAUAUGCAACAUAUGUAGUCAAGCCAGUUGGUCCUGAAAAGAUUGCAUUAGAACCUGUAAAGCUUCUGUCUGCAGAAGACCAUCUGGAGCAUGCCCUGGCUACUGAAAGGAAAAGAAUCCGACUGGGCUAUCAAGAGGUUUUUCAGAACCUAAUGCAGGAGAGUAAUAAAGAAGGUGACUACUGUGAAAUUUUUGAAGAGGAAGAUGCGAUUUCAGCUGACCUUACUCAUGUACAAAGUAUUGAGCUUGUCCAACCUCCUCAUGCAAACCAUCAUGGAAACACUUUUGGUGGUCAGAUCAUGGCUUGGAUGGAGACAGUGGCAAGCAUUUCAGCAAGUCGCCUUUGUCGUUCAUAUCCCAUCUUGAAAUCUGUCAGUAUGUUUAAGUUCUGGGGUCCAUCUGUUGUGGGUGACCGCCUUGUCUUCAAUGCAAUUGUGAACAAUACAUUUCAAAAUAGUGUGGAGGUUGGUGUUCGCGUCGAGGCUUAUAACUGUGAAGAAUGGAUCCAGAACCAAGCACGACAUAUUAACAGUGCAUAUCUCAUUUUUAACUCCGUGAAUGACAAAGGCGAGCAGCUCGCUUUCCCCAAAAUCAAACCUAUUACUAAGGACAGUGUGCGACGAUACCAUGGAGCUAUUGCCCGAAAGAGAAUUCGACUAGCCAGAAAAUACAUGUUGUCUGCUAAAGAAGACAAACCUUAUGAUCUGUGGGAGAAAAGCAACCAGGCAUAUAUGAGUUACAGCAAUAUAGCUACACUGACAUACCUGGCAGCAAAAACGGGAUGGGAAGUAACCAGUACACUGAAUAACAUAAAAAUAUGGACCCGUGAGGAUGGUGAUGUCUUGUCAUUCAAAGUAGAAAUGCAAGUGAAGACAGCAUCACAUGUAGCUUUCUCCCUUUUGUCUGACUUCACAUACUGCCAGCAAUGGGACAAACAUUUCUUAACUUGUGAAGUCCUACAGGCUGUGAGUGAAGAGGACAAAAUAUAUUACGUUACCUCACCACCUCCACACAUGAGUGGCCAUCAGCCCAGGGACUUUGUGAUUCUUGUGUCUCGAAGGCAACCUCUUGAGCCCAGUGAACCAUACAUAGUAGCUGUGAAGUCAGUAACCCUGACAUCUGUGCCACCUUCUUCUGAACACUGCAGAAGUGAAAUCCUGUGUGCUGGAUUCCAGAUCUACAGUGACAGCAGCAGCUCCUGUAGGGUGUACUACUUCAAUCAAAUGACAUCAAGUCUUGUGCCUUACUUAGCUGCAGGUCUUACUGGCUCAUUAAACACCAUUGAAGACACAGCUUUGGAGUGUAUUAAGUUCUUGGAGCUGAAGGGCAGCAAGUACUGAAGUUAACACAAAUCUGUGAAAAGAGUGUGAGAAACUGUCAAGCAGUAUUAAUUUAAGUUUUUGCAUAUGUGUUAAUUGUUCUACAAGUUACUUUGAGUCAUGCAGCUGACAGUGGACUAGAGCUGGAUUUUGUGUCAAAUUAGGAUUAGACUGCAUGCUCUAAAUUCAAGUUUUCUAUUAAAAAAAAAAGAUUAAGGCACAAAGGUUCAAGGAAAGGCUGGAUGUUGUGUUGAGGGACAUGGUUUA